AUGACCAAAUCCGUUCUCUUGCUCGGCUCCGGCUUCGUUGCCCAGCCCACUGUCGAUGUCCUUGCUGCCACUCCUGGCAUUGAGGUCACUGUCGGCUGCAGAACCCUUGCAUCUGCUAAGGCUCUUGCCGGCGACAAGGCUAAGGCCAUCUCUGUUGAUGUCACUGACGAGAAGGCUCUCGACGCUGAGGUUGCCAAGGUCGACCUUGUCAUCUCUUUGAUUCCUUACAUUUACCACGUUCUCGUUGUCAAGUCUGCCAUCCGCAAUAAGAAGCACGUUGUCACCACUUCUUACACUUCCCCUGCCAUGCUUGAGCUCGAGGAGGAGGUCAAGAAGGCCGGUAUCAUUGUCUUCAAUGAGAUUGGUCUGGACCCUGGUAUUGAUCACCUUUACGCCGUCAAGACCAUUGACGAGGUUCACCAGAAGGGUGGUAAGAUUAUUUCUUUCCUCUCUUACUGCGGUGGUCUCCCUGCCCCUGAGGACUCUGACAACCCAUUGGGUUACAAGUUCUCUUGGUCUUCCAGAGGUGUUCUUCUCGCUCUCAGAAACAGUGCCAAGUACUGGAAGGAUGGCAAGAUUGUUGAGGUUUCCUCUGAGGACUUGAUGAGCACUGCCAAGCCUUACUUUAUCUACCCCGGUUAUGCUCUUGUUGCUUACCCCAACCGUGAUUCCACCACCUACAAGGAGCGCUAUGCCAUUCCUGAGGCCCAGACUGUCAUUCGUGGCACUCUUCGUUUCCAAGGCUUCCCUGAGUUCAUCAAGGUUCUUGUUGACAUUGGCUUCCUUUCUGAGGAGGCUAAGGACUAUUUGUCUGCCUCCAACGAGAAGCCCCUUGCCUGGAAGGAUGCUCUUGCCAAGGUUCUUGGUGCUGAUUCUAACGAGGAGAAGGAUCUUGAGUGGGCCAUUUCUUCCAAGACCAAGUUCAAGGACAAUGACGACAAGGCUCGCAUUCUCUCUGGCUUCAAGUGGCUGGGUCUUUUCUCUGAUGCCCCCAUCAUCCCCCGUGGUAACCCUCUUGACACUCUGUGUGCUACUCUUGAGGAGAAGAUGCAGUUUGAGGAGGGCGAGCGUGAUCUCGUUAUUCUCCAGCACAAGUUUGGCAUUGAGUGGGCUGACAAGACCACUGAGACCAGAACCUCCACUCUUGUUGAGUACGGUGUUCCUGGUGGCUACUCUGCCAUGGCCAAGACUGUUGGUGUCCCUUGCGCUGUUGCCGUUCGUCAAGUUCUUAACGGUACCAUUAGCGAGUCUGGCAUCCACGCUCCUGUUGUUCCCAAGUUUGCUUAUCCUUUGAUGAAGGAACUCAAGGAGGAGUUUGGCAUUGAGCUUAUUGAGAAGACUCUUUAA